AUGGAGAAGUACAAAGAAACUGAAUUAGGUUUACAUGUGAGCAAUCCUGUGGAGACAUUAAUCAACAUAAUACCAGAAAAAUCUCUUUUCCAGCCAAUUUGGAAUUACCUGCGGGAAAACCAUCAGGACACAUUGAGAUCACCGCUCCUACCUGUCAUAAUCUCUGUUUCCACAUACUUCAUCCUGUGCCUUUUCUACACAACUCUGGAUUGUCUUUGCUCUGUGGUGCCCUCGAUCAACCGGUACAGGAUACACGCCAGCCAACCUGUGAAGCUGCAGAAUGUCCUGAAGGCUUUGGGGCUCACUUUCUACAACCACGUGGUCUUCGUGUUCCCUGCAUCGGUUGCACAGUGGUACUGGAGACCAGAGCUUCCCCUGGAGGAAGUGGCACCCACUGUGCCAGAGUUCACCCUCGGCGUUCUGGGAUGCAUCAUCCUCUUCGACUUCCAGUACUACCUGUGGCACCUGGUCCAUCACAGGUCACAGUGGCUCUACGUGAACUUCCACGCCAUCCACCACGAGUACUCCAGACCCUUCUGCUGGGUCACUCAGUACAUGUCGGCCUGGGAGCUGACCAGCGUGGGAUUCUGGACCACUGUGGACCCCGUCCUGCUCCGCUGCCACACCAUUACCGGCUACGCCUUCAUGGUCUUCAACAUCUGGGUCUCCGUGGACGACCACAGCGGAUACGACUUCCCCUGGUCCAUCCACAACCUGGUCCCCUUUGGACUGUGGGGGGGUUCGGUGAAGCACGACACCCACCAUCGGAGACCGACCACCAACUUCGAGCCAUUUUUCUCCCACUGGGACUGGCUCUGCGGCACAAAUUCAGAGUAUCACCACUCACCAGCUAUGGCAGCAGAGAAGAAGAAGACGCCCUCAACAGACACAACAAAGCCUAUAGUGAAAAAUGGACUUGACUGA